AUGUGCACCAGCCGUGACUGUGACCUAGAGGAAAUACCCCUGGAUGAUGAUGACUCAGACAGCAUUGAAUUCAAAAUCCUGGCUUUUUAUGCCAAACACCACGUCUACAAAAACACCCCUGCCGUCUACUCAUCAAAGCUGACGAGAACAAGAAGUUUAUCCCAGAAGGGCCUGGGGAGUUGGUCAACAAGUGACCCAUGGACACUGGUGCCCAGACCUCCUAGAACUUCCCAAUCCACUGACAAGUCCUUUGCCAAGAAGUCUCCUUGGAGAGUAUUAUUUGAAGGAGGAACACAGAAAGAAGAUUCUAGAGAAUUACAUAAUCAAGGAGUAUUUGAACCUGAGGGUUUGAGUAUUCAACGUUGGUCCAGACUCCGUUUUAAUGCAGGACCCCACAUAGAACCAGAAGCCGUGAACCCCAAAGUUGUUUCCAUUGCCAACCGAGUUGCUGAAAUUGUUCAUUCCUGGCCACCCCCAGAAGACAGCCACACCCAGGGAGCAAGCUCCAAGUUCAAAGGAAGAAUUAAACGACAGGGUCUCAUCUACUCCCCCAAGUGCCUAGUCACUGAGUCUAGUGACACAAGCACUAAGAAAGAUGAAGAAGACCAAAUAAUAGCCAAAAUUGUUGAGUUGCUGAAAUAUUCAGGGGACCAGUUGGACAAUGAGUUGAGGAAAGACAAAGCUUUGAUGAGCAGUUUACAGGAUGGGCUGAACCACUACUCUGUCUUCAAGACUAUCACAGACAAGUUCCUCACAGGUGUGGACACCAGGGGAGAGUCAGAGGCCAAAGCUUGGGGCUUUAAGGCGGCCCUUGCAAUAGACAUUGCUGCCAAGCUCACUGCCAUCGACAACCACCCCAUGAACAGAGUGCUGGGCUUUGGCACCAAGUACCUACAGGAUAACUUCUCCCCCUGGAUUCAGAGGCAUGGUGGAUGGGAAAAAGUACUUGGGAUAUCAAAUGAAGAAAUAGACUGA